AUGCCGCCCGCCGCCGCGACGCCGCCUCAACUGCCCCGCGGAGCGGCGGGGGCGGACGCCGGCGGGAACGCCACGGCGCGACGUGGGGACGUCGGAGCGCAGCCCCGCCCCGCCCGGGCCCGCCAAUCAGAGCGCGCCGGCGCCCACGCGGCCAGGACCUCGUGCCUCCGGACCCGCCCCACCCCGCCCGGGUUCUCCAAUCAGAACGCGCCGGCGCCCACGCGGCCAGGACCUCGUGCCUCCGGACCCGCCCCACCCCGCCCGGGUUCUCCAAUCAGAGCGCGCCGGCGCCCACGCGGCCAGGACCUCGUGCCUCCGGACCCGCCCCACCCCGCCCGGGUUCUCCAAUCAGAACGCGCCGGCGCCCACGCGGCCAGGACCUCGUGCCUCCGGACCCGCCCCACCCCGCCCGGGUUCUCCAAUCAGAACGCGCCGGCGCCCACGCGGCCAGGCUCGUGCCUCCGGACCCGCCCCGCCCCGCCCGGGCUCUCCAAUCAGAACGCGCCGGCGCCCACGCGGCCAGGCUCGUGCCUCCGGACCCGCCCUACCCCGCCCGGGCUCUCCAAUCAGAACGCGCCGGCGCCCACGCGGCCAGGACCUCGUGCCUCCGGACCCGCCCCGCCCCGCCCCGCCCGGGCUCUCCAAUCAGAGCGCGCCGGCGCCCACGCGGCCGGGACGUCGUGCCUCCGGACCCUCCCCGCCCCGCCCGGGCCCGCCAAUCAGAGCGCGCCGGCGCCCACGCGAACGCACCGGCGCCCACGCAGCCGGGACCUCGUGCUGCCGGCCCCGCCCCUCCGCGCGCGGGCAGGCCUGCGGCCACGCUGCGGCCACGGAGUCGGCCCGCGGGACGCCCCGGGGGUGCAAGAACUAAGUCCGGACUCGCUCUCCGCCGUGUCUCAGGGUCGCGCCCGCGGCGUCGCGCUGCAGGCCGGCGAGGGCCAGGCCCGGUGCAGAGCUGCCGGGCACCUGCGGCGGUACCCAGUGCGGGCGCGGAAGGCCACCGGGGAAGGGGCGAGCGCGCACCGUCGAGGGGUGCGGCUGGCGGCUGCCCUGGGUCGCGCCGCCCCCGUCCUGGGCGCGGGAGCAAGGAGGUGGGAAAGGCUCGUGGGAGAGAAGGACCUCCGCACGGGACGGGCCCCGCCGUCCACGCGCCGGGCGGGAAGCAACGGCGAGAGGCCGCGUCGGGCGGCCGUGGGCCAGCGGAAGGGGGAGACGCUGCGAGCCGCUGAGGUGGCGCAGGCCGCGCUCCCGAGGCGGGAAGGCGGCCCGAACCGCAGCGAUGAGGCCGCGGUGGAGGGAGGAGCCCGGCCGGGACCACGAGGACAGUCGCCCGCCUGCCGCCUGCGGUCAGCGCGCGGCCCCGCACUCGCGGACGGUCAGCGCGCGGGCGAUCGCAGGGUGCGCCGACCAACCUGGGGAAGGCCGGCUCGGCCGGAGAAUGCUCCGAGGGCGGCGAGCCAGAGUCCGCGCCAGGGCAGCCCGGGCCGGGGCGGGGGGCUUGGGGGGCUCUCCGUGUUUCACGGGAAGAUGAGCCCAGCCUGGCUCGGGCCCGGGGUCCCAGGCCCCGAGCCGGACCACACCUCUGGCUUCUAUCCCGGGCCCUGGCGCUCCCGCUCGGACUGGUCCGCACACCGCGGCCUGCAGAAGGUAAGCAGGGCUGUCUUCGAAGCCGGUGUCCGCCAAGCGCAGCGUCGGCCGUGGACGCUCGUAGGCGCUGGAGUCCCGCCGCGCACACACCGAAAGUCCCGCGCCCGGGGCACCCCCGCGCGGUUAAUCACCGUUCUCCGCCGCGCGCGCGCACACCCGCUCGGGGCUCGCCGGCCUGCGGCACCGGCACGGCCGCUGGGGGCGCUGUGGCGCGCAGACACGGUCGGGGCGGCGCUCUGGCCGCCGAGCGCCGCCGCUCCUUCCGCCUUCCCGGCGGGCCCCGCGCGGCGCUUGCGCUUUCGGGGUCUUCGGCAAGGUGAGUGCGCGGGGGCGCGGCCGGCUGCUCCGAGCUGGGCGGCGGGGCCCGCGGCGCUCGGGGCGACGCGCGGGAGUGCCGCGUGCCCCCCGCUGACCUUGGGGUCCUGCCGCGGCCCCCGGGCGGCGCCCCGCGGACUGGUGGGGCUCGGGCAGCCGCGUCCUGUCCUUCGGGCGGAGCCGCUGCCCUUCUCGGACGGGGAGCGCAGGGCGGGCGAGCUAGGGCCGGGCCCCGGCGGAGGGCGCGGCGCGCUCAGGGAUGGAGCCCCGACGCCGGCCGGGCGCGCCCGCCCCGCGCUCGGCACCGUCUCCGCGGUCCCUGGGGUUCGCCGCCACGCACUGCCCCGAGGGCCGUGCUCCGCCGCAGGAUCCGCGCCCUGCAGUCCCGGUGCCCCGACGGGCCGUGCUCCGCCGCAGGAUCCGCGCCCUGCAGUCCCGGUGCCCCGACGGGCCCGUGCUCCGCCGCAGGAUCCGCGCCCUGCAGUCCCGGUGCCCCGACGGGCCGUGCUCCGCCGCAGGAUCCGCGCCCUGCAGUCCCGGUGCCCCGACGGGCCCGUGCUCCGCCGCAGGAUCCGCGCCCUGCAGUCCCGGUGCCCCGACGGGCCCGUGCUCCGCCGCAGGAUCCGCGCCCUGCAGUCCCGGUGCCCCGACGGGCCCGUGCUCCGCCGCAGGAUCCGCGCCCUGCAGUCCCGGUGCCCCGAGGGUCCGUGCUCCGCCGCAGGAUCCGCGCCCUGCAGUCCCGGUGCCCCGACGGGCCCGUGCUCCGCCGCAGGAUCCGCGCCCUGCAGUCCCGGUGCCCCGAGGGUCCGUGCUCCGCCGCAGGAUCCGCGCCCUGCAGUCCCGGUGCCCCGAGGGUCCGUGCUCCGCCGCAGGAUCCGCGCCCUGCAGUCCCGGUGCCCCGACGGGCCCGUGCUCCGCCGCAGGAUCCGCGCCCUGCAGUCCCGGUGCCCCGACGGGUCCGUGCUCCGCCGCAGGAUCCGCGUCCUGCAGUCCCGGUGCCCCGACGGGCCCGUGCUCCGCCGCAGGAUCCGCGUCCUGCAGUCCCGGUGCCCCGAGGGGCCCGUGCUCCGCCGCAGGAUCCGCGCCCUGCAGUCCCGGUGCGCGCCUCCGCGGGUCGGGCGGACCUGGUCUCCCGCGUGGGCGGGUGGGCGUCGGCUGCGGGCGCUCCGACCCGGAGAUGGGCCUUGGCAAGGACGGGCGCCCCGGAGCCGCCGCACGGCUGCGAGCGGGACGGAGAAGGGCCUCCCUUAAGUAGUGGGGGCAGCUCGCGGGUCCGGGCCUGCGUGAGGAACGUCGGGCCGGGCUGGGAAGGUGCUGGCGGCGCGGCGGCGGCCGAGGUGGUGCGGGAGAGGAGAGGGGCCGCGGGCCGCCUGCGCAGAAGCGGACGGACGUGUCUGCGGCGCCUUCCUCGCGCUCCGCUCUUUCCCACCCAGACGUCGUCCGGCUGUGGCGAGGGCGGCCUCUAGAGCCGGAGCCCGGUCCGGUGCCCGCCGCCGCGCCUUGUUCUGCGGCUGCCGGCCGCGGGGCCGUCCACGGCCUCCCCGCACGCCCGCGAGAGCCCAGUGGGGCCGGUGGACACGGCCGUGCCUCGCGGAGGGCGGCCUUCUGUUAGGACGGCUCCCGGCGCGGCCAGCGUUGCGGUGGGACCCGGCAGCCCGGCCCCGCGGGACCUUGUUGCGCUCGGAGGAGGGCCCUGGCCUCAAUCCCUCCGAACCCGCCUCCCCCUGCGUCCCCCUGCGGCUUGGCGAGGCCGCUCAGGCACCUGCUCGGGGCAGGGCUGUUAGUUUCCGGGAUCCUCGGGCUGUGACAGCGUCGCGGACUGAGGACAGGAAGCCUGGGGGAGUCGUCGCUGCCGGGAGUCCAGGAGGACCACACAGCCGCAUCCUUCAGGGUCACGCUGGGGUGCAGGCGGGCUGGCUCGUCGUUAGGUGUCUCAGCCCCAGUGCUCCUCUUCUCGGAAGAGCUGGCAGCCGUCCUGGGAGCCGGUCCUCCCUAGCACUGAGGACAGGGCAGGGCGGCUCCUGGGUCUCGGCGUGUGGCGGCCGGCAGCUCUCGCAGGGAGCCGCUGUGUAGGGCGGGCAGCGGUGCAGGAGCUGGUGUGGAAGCACCUCGUGAGUGCCGCUGCGUUCCGUGACCUUCUGAGAGUAAAAGCCGGUUCUUCACCGUGGCCUGCGAGGUGCAGGUGACCCAGUUCCCCGCCCACCCGGAGUCCGGAUGUGGGCUUUUACGUGACCGCGCUCCGGACACGGCAGCUCCGGAUGCCAGCAGCGCUUCGCACGGUGAUGCGAGCGGACUAGGGAUUCGAUGUAAAAGUUUAAAAAAGUGCGUCGUGAUUCGCGGUGUAGCAUCCGUGCAGAACAGCUGUGAGGGAGAGGAACACUCGGGACCCUGGGAGAUGGCGUGGGCUGGGCGCUCUGCGGCAUGAGGGGGAAGGGGGGCAGCGCAUCAGGACAGCCAAGGUUGGCAGCCUGGGGGCGGGGGCUUGACGAGCUGCUGAGCGGGCCCCAUGUCAGGUAGGAACGGCUGCCAGAGAGUGGCCGGUGUGGAGCACUUGUACAAAACGGUCACAUUUAAGAGUAUAUGGGGGGGCAUCUGGGUGGCUCAGUGGGUUAAGCCUCUGCCUUCGGCUCAGGUCAUGAUCUCAGGGUCCUGGGAUGGAGCCCCACAUCGGGCUCUCUGCUCGACAGGGAGCCUGCCUCCCCCUCUCUCUGCCUGCCUCUCUGCCUGCGUGUGAUCCCUCUCUGUCAAAUAAAUAAAUAAAAUCUUUAAAAAAAAAAAAAAAAGUAUAUGGGAACCUCUUUCCAGUUAGCUUUAAGACGCACCUGGGGGCUCAGUGAAUCUGCCUUCAGCUCGGGUCAUGAUCCCGGGGUCCUGGGGUGGAGCCCUGCAUCAGGCUCCCUGCUCGGUGGGGAAUCUGCUUCUCCCUCUGCCCAUUCCCCGCUACUCGUGCUCCCUCUCUUACUUAUUUUAAAAUCUUUUUAAAAAAAAGAUAGUCAUGGUAAUAUUUAUCACUGUGUUCCUUUUCAGAUGCUUCAAAGCUUUAUUAAAAAUGUUUGGAUCCCCCUGAAGCCCUACUAUACCCAGGUUUACCAGGAGAUUUGGGUA